AUGCCACGUGACCCCGAGCGCACCUACACUGAACUCCUCUUCCAUUCGUCCCGCAAGUACGCCUCCUGGGAUCCCGAAGUGCCCGUGCGCGUUGGCGACUGGGGUGUCAUCACCCGCGGUACUCGCUCGCCGUGGUAUGCCUUUUGGGCGUAUGGUCGUAGACAAGGCAUAUUUCUGAAACAUGGAAACAUCUACGAGGACGGACGCGCGGCGGACUUCGCCAUACCACCUCCCAAGACGCAUGAGCAUCAAGGGAGCACAGGUAUCAGCUGGGUCGUCAGUCAGAACGCAGUGAAAGUUGGUACGACUGGGGAUGCGAGCGCCCAAACCCCUUCUUCUAUCAACUGCCGAGCCCAAGCAUCGUUCAAGUUCAGUGCAGGGCGUGGCGCGGUGCUCUGCAUGGACGGCGACACGAUCACGACAAUCGACCCUCCAGGCGCUCUCCGACCGUUGCUCGACGACACAUCGCUACCAGAGGGUGUCGUCGUCGUCUCCGAAGUGCAUGCCACCUCGUCUUACGCACGAUACCUCGGGACGUCCGCGGAGCGUCAGGUCAGCAUCGGCCUCCGCGCCACAGCCCCUGCGCUGCCUGACGUGGGCGGCGCCGAUGUCGGGGCGGAGUGGCUUAUCAGCUCUACGGCGGGGAACUUCAAGAGCAAGAUCAACCCCGACGGCGCGAGGACUUAUUACCCGCUCUUCCGUCUCGUCGCCCUCGACGGCGCGCAUGUAUCCAACGGUCCCGUCCUUCUGCUCUCCGACGAGAGCGCUCUACGUCGUGGCAACCGCACCGGCAACGGCCCGUUCCGGUGCAAAUCCCGCCCGACCACGGAAUCCCCGGAAUCUGAGAAUCACACUGUCUCUGGCUCAAUCAUCAACGGCGAAAGCCCAUCGUAG